AUGCUCGGCUUCCGCAGCCUCGGCGACGACGAGGAGAUCGACUUCGAGUGCAAGGUGUCUGACAAGGGCCUGGAGGCGACUCUGGUCCAGGGCGUGGACGGCAACGACUGCCACGGCUCCCACCGCCGCCCCAUGUCCAAGAAGAAGUUCCGCCGCCUCCGGUGCUACAACUGCGGCGAGUUCGCCAACCACAUCGCCAGCAAGUGCACCCUGGGCCCGCAGCCCAAAAAGUGCCACAACUGCAAGGGAGAGGACCACCUCAUCGCCGACUGUCCCCAGCGCCGCUCCGACGACAGCCGCUCCAAGUCCGUCAGCUCGGACUCGUCAUCGACGGCGGCGGCACCGUCAUCGUCAUCGCAAUCUGCCGUGUCUGCUGCCACCACCACGACCGCCGCCACCAACACCACCACUGACGCACCGAAGCAGAAUGAAAAGGCCGCCUGA